GAAUUCUUAUUUCAAUGGUACAAAAGGAGAUGAUGGAUGGACUUCAGACAGAACGACAUAUCUAGUAACAAAAAUUAACCUCCAAGUUAGCUAUGAACGUGCCGCUCUUACAAAAUUACAUUGGAUUCUUUGAAAAACUGUUUUGAAACUUUCUGUCCGAGACAAAAUAAAACAGGAGCUUUAAUUGCUGUUCCAGUUCUAUCCUUUCUUUCAAUCUAUUCGAUCCACUGAUCAAGAUGUCCAAAACCGACGAUGAAUACAUGAAGACCGUUCACGGCUUAAUCGAAGACGAUGCCGAAACAAUUGAGAGAAAGAGAAAAGCUGAGACAUUCGACUUUAUGGAAGAACCUUGGAAGCCUGACUUCCUUACGUUUACUGAAGAGGAUUGGGCAGAUAAUGGUCGUUUGGCAAAAGAAAAAGUAGCAAAGACUUUAGAAGAAAAAACCCAAGAAAGAGAUGAAACGGCCAGAAAAUUAAAGAGUUUAGAGAAUGAAGUCAAGUUUUUAGAAGAACAAACAACGAUGUUGAAGGACAUGUUUAAUUAAAAAUAAAGUAUUAAGAUUUGAUGCUUUAUGUACGCUGUUUCUCGAAAGAUAACGUUUUACGAUUAAGAAAUCAAUUUUUAUUCUUAUGAUGAGUAAGAGAAUGAUAUUAUCGGCAAUUACAAAAAAAAA